AUGUCGUAUCAUCAAGGUGGCCACUACCAGGGAGGGCAUCAGCAGCACAGUCAACAGCCACCGCAGCAGGGCUACUGGGACAAUCACAAUCAAUACCACCCACCCCCACAGAAUGGAGGAUACCAGCCGCAGUAUGGGCAAGAGUAUGCACAGCCGUACGAACAACAGCAAACGAAUAGCCACCCAGGACAAACGAGCUAUAAUCACUAUCAAGGCGGACCGGUGCAACAGCAACAGCCAAGUGGAUAUGGCUAUCAAGACCAACUCCAGUCGCCGCGCAGCACGACCUUUGGAUAUAAUUCACCUCCCCAGCAAGGAUACAACCCCCAGGACUACUCGCAGCAUUCGCAGCCAGCCUCCGCGCAUCCGCAGCAGCAAUCUUACAAUCCUGCUGCGUAUGCUAACUUCCAUCAUUCGCAGUCUCAGUCAUCAUACGAUCCCGCUGCGUAUCCCGAUACUCAGCUGCACAGCACUAGUGGUCCGGUAGACCCGUAUGCCUAUUCGUCCCCGAGCUACUCCCAGCCGCCAAUGUCACCGCAGCAACAACCUCAAUACGCACAGUCGCCACAAUCGCACUUUAGCUCACGCCAACAGUACAGUCCUCAACCACCUGCUCGUCAAUACACCGGAUACCAGCCUACUCAGAGCCCGCCUCCACCUCAGCAUUCGCAUUAUGCGUAUCCACAGGCACAACCCGGUGCUUCCCAGACCACGCCUUAUCCUGCGGAUGGCCACGCCCCACACUCAGGAUCCAACAGCCUGCAACGACAGCCGACUAUGAUGCCCAGCAAUGACCCGUGGGCCCCAUCGCCCCCUGCACAUCAAGGCGGUGGCAGCUUCCGCCAAUCACCGUCGCAAAAUUACGGAUCGUAUCAGCAGCCAUCGCCGCUAAGCUCUACUCCUGGACCUACUCCACCAGCGCAUGCGCCCUCGAGAUCGAAUACAUUAGACAGACAUCCACAUGAGCGGCCUUUACCCCCUCAACCUCAUGAAUCAGACUACUUUGACAACCACUCGGCUUCGCGGACACACACAGGCUUCAGCCGGGACGACGAACUAGACAACGAUGCACUGUUCGAGGAGGUGGAGAAUGCAGUGAGAAACGCCGGACGAGGCUCUGUUGGCGCUCGCAGCCCCUCGAUAUCGAUUAGCCAGGCACCGUUCCAGCCUCCUGCGCAUGCACCGUCUUUCAGUUCUUCGCGAGACAGCAGAGCGUCCAGGAAUGGAACUGUCAAUGGGCAUUUAUCUCCUGUCGUGCCACAGCACGUUACUCACGAGGCCCAGUACUCCAGUGAUAGUGACGCAGAGGCAACCCAAGGACUAGCAAUGAUUGCGGCAGCAGAGGCAGAGGACGCUCGAAGGAUCAGUAGCGGAAGCCAAGUGCUUACCAGUAACUUUGGCUCGCAACGAGCUCCUCGCCAGUACCAACGGCAUCCAGAGGCAAGCGAUAGCGACAUCAAUUUCGGUGUAGACAUGAGCUCGAUCACCGGGUACGAUGUUGGUCUGUCGUAUGGUGGCGAUCCCAGUCAGCUGGCUGCUGGUGGCGAGUUAAAUGGGGAAGUCUACAGCCAGAAUGCGUCAAGCCAGCACAGCUCUAUGCGAAGAUCACAUGCCUCGCAAUCAUCGCAAAUGUCCCGGGUGUCAUAUGGCUAUGGCUCAGAGUCGAUUCAUCCCUUCCCGCCCUUCAAUCCAGCCGCACGUGUGGAAGUGGGCGGCACUGGAGGUCUUGAAGAGCCGACGGCCGAUGGACGGAGGCAGAGUUACGAUGAGGGCGACGAGUACUCGUUGAUGGAAAACGGUCUCCCAGAUCGAUUUCCAGAUGAGCCGCCGGACAUUUUCUUCAACCACGCCAGCACCUCAUAUCCGUCGCGACCGCUUCCUGCAGUGCCGUACUCAGCAACGCCACCUCUUGGACAGCAUGAAGCGAAAGCGCUACCACCCCUGCCAGGUCAACCGCCUUAUCCUACUGCACCAGAGGCGUACAUGAGGGACGCUCAAGGCCAAUACGUUCCUCGUUCUACGUCCUUGGUCAGCCACAGCAACACUCCGCAGGUUCCACAACCCUUGCGCUCGAAGACAGAUGCCGAGGAAAGGAGAUUACGGCAGCAGCAGGCACGCACUUCUAUGUACUCGUCGGAGCAAGCCACACCUGCGAGUGCGAGCGUAGUUGUGGACCUACCAGCAAUCGCGAAACGAUUUGCGCCUUCCAAGUUGGGCGCACCAGACUUCAAGAAAUGCGACGAGCCCUGGUCACUUAUGUCCCUGCUGAAGUGGCUGAUAGUGGUCACGAACCCAGAGCAGAACACCGAACUCAAAGAGGCUGACGUCAAGGAAGCUCUGGUUGCCCUCUUCACCAACAAGGUCCCUACCAUGAACAUCACGGACGCAGAAGUGUUGAGCAGUCGGGUCGUCACAGACAUGUACCAAGCUGGGACCUUGGUGCGGACAGAGGAAUGGGUCAAGAUUGUUCCCGGGUUCGUCUCAGGCGUCAUCUUCCAACUGACACAGUCUGGAUGCUACACGCCCACCGUGCACGAUCACCUAAUCCCUAGCAUGCGAUGCUACUCGCCGAAGUGUCAGAAGUCGCUGAAGAAAGUAAAUCUGCAGACGUUGCCCGCAGGAAGCUCGACCAAGGGCUGGGCCGAUUACUACGGCUUGUCGAAAGAAGACAUUGACGGGAAGGACAAAAAGGUAAUCGAACUUCAGAACGUUCUACACGAGGUCGUGACUUCAGAGGAGGUGUUCAUGAGCUCCAUCAACGUGUUGCGAACCGUCUUUCGAGAUCCGCUUGGCAGGUCUGAACCCGCUGUGAUCACGCCUAAACGGAAAGACAAGUUCGUCAAGGACGUGUUCGGAAAGGUCGACGCAGUGAAACUGGCCAAUGAAGAGCACCUCCUUCCCCAGCUCAAAUACCGGCAGAUGGAACAAGGCCCUUGGAUUGUCGGUUUCAGUGACAUUUUCCGCCAAUGGAUCCGAAAGGCCAAGUCGGCGUACAUUGACUACGCAAAUGACUUUCCACGUGCCGAUCAUUUGGUACGCCAGGAGCUGGACAGGAACAUCGAAUUCAGGAAUUUCGUGGAAAGGGCUCAGAAGGAUAAAGCAACCAACCGUCUCCCCUUGGACAACUUCUUGAAAGCACCCAUCCUCAGGCUGCAGAGAUAUCCGUUCCUCAUCCAGAGCGUGCUCAAGAACAUGAAAGAUGAGAGCCAGGAGAAGAAGAAUCUGGAAAUCGCGUGCGACGAAAUCAAGGCUGUCGCCCUCGAAUGUGACCACCGCGUAUCCGAGAUGCAACGAAAGGUCGAUCUGGCCGAUUUGGGGCAAAGGCUGAUCUUGCGACCAGGGAUGCAAAAGGAGGUAGAACUGAAUCUGGAGCACUUUGGUCGUCAGCUGUAUCAUCGUGGUGACCUACAACGCAUGGGAAACACCCGUUUCACAUGGUUGGACUGCCAUACUUUGCUCUUUGAUCAUUACCUGAUCCUGGCAAAGACUGUAGCGCAGACAGUCACCGAGGGAGGCAAGACUGAUCGCUACGACGUAUCGAGGCUACCCAUUCCCAUGGACCUUUUGAUUCUGGAAAGUGUGAACGAUCCUCCCGUGCAGAAGUCGAGUUACAUCAGAGGUAUUGCCUCAGUGCGAGAAGCUGCCGGCAGGACAUCUACUCCCAUGGACCCCGGAGCGUUGACCAGAACAGCAACCAACCAGUCACCAGCUCCUGGUGGGCUCACUCAUGUCAAUACGGCAGCAUCUACAAACUCACUCAACCCUGUCACCUCACUCGGUGAGGGCAAAGACGCGGACCGCAUACUAUACCCUCUAAAGAUCAAACACCUUGGACGUGAAUCCUACACUCUCUUCGCUCUGACGCAAGCAUCAAGAGAUCAAUGGGUUGAGAAGAUCGUAGAAGCCAAAACGAAACACGCUGCUGCUCUUCACGCGCAGAAUGCCGAACCCUUCAGACUGCGUGUCAUGGCGGACUCUGCAUUCGUGUACGACGCAUUCGGCGGUAGCGGCAAAGGUGUGACUAUCAAGGGAACGCCAGUUGAUCGGGCCAUCAAGGAGGUCGAGCAUCGCUUUAAGGAUACAGGCAGGCCUGGCCCUAUCUGCCGCGCCAGGGUGAACUGCGCAACUAGCUUUUCCACGCCAUAUCCUGGGAAGCAGAUGGUUGCUGUCGGCACGGACUUUGGCGUGUACUUUGCAGAGCUGGAUAAUCCACGCGGUUGGACGAAGGCCAUCAGCAUGACACGAGUCAUCCAAGUCGCAGUGCUAGAAGAGUUCAACUUGUUCCUCCUGAUAUCUGACAAGUCACUAAUAGCAUACCACCUCGACGUGAUAUGUCCGAGCGACCGUACCGCACCAGCACCAGCGAGGGACGAUGUUCGCAAGGCUCCUCAAAAGCUCUCAGGUAGCAGGGAUGUCGGCUUCUUUGUGACUGGCAAGAUGAAGGAACGGACACUGGUGUUCUACAAGAAGAGAGAGAACUUGAACUCAGUCUUCAAGGUCCUCGAACCAGUCUACCAAAAGUCGACCGAGAAGAAACGGACCGGCCUCUUCAAACGCGGCAACAUCGAGUUCUUCCGGGACUUUGACGAGUUCUACGUCCCGACGGAAUGCUCAGGAAUGAACCUCUUCCAGUCCAGCCUGGCAGUGAGCACGAGCCGAGGCUUCGAAGUCCUCACCCUGGACAAGAAACAACCCUGGAGCGUGCCCGAACUGAAAGCCGAACACGUGCAAAACAUCGCCCACGCCAUCAAGGAGCAACGCCCCAUCAGCAUGCUCCGCCUCAGCGACCAAGAAUUCAUCCUGUGCUACGAAAAAUGCGCCGUCUACGUGAACAAACACGGCGACGUCUCGCGCUCCGUCGUCAUGAACUUCGUGGGCGUCGCCCAAAACGCCGCCCUGUACGGGCCCUACCUCGUCCUCUUCGACAACGAUUUCGUCGAGAUCCGCAACGCCCAAAACGGGCGCUUGAAGCAGAUCAUCGCCGGCCGGGAGGUCAAGUGUCUGGAUGACGGGACGAAUUGGAGCGCGAACGGCCCGCCGCAGACGAAUGGGAUUGUUAAUGGGCCGACGGCGCAGGCGUCAAGGACGUUGAAGUUGGUCAUGCAGCAUCCGGAGCAGGAUAAGACGCAGAUUGUGGUGGAGUUGUUGUUGAAUGAGAAUAUGAAGGAGUAG